GUUUCAUAAUCAUUGAGUUGGAAUGACGCCUCAAUUCUUCAGCCUUCUACUGCUUGUAUCGAUAUCUGUACUUUUGAUGACUCCCAUUGCGGCUAAAGCUACUGAACAUAAUGUUCCAAUUGGUUUCAGUGACAAAAAUGAAAUGUUUUUAACAUUCAGAGAUGUCAAAUUUCUACUGGAUAAGAAUGAUCAAUUGACAAUGAAAGAUAGUGAUUGUAUUGCGACAGUCGAUUUGGCCCCACCCAAUGCUAAAGAAAAAGAAAGUAAAAGUGUUUAUCGUCAGUUAACACGAAUAUGUACUUCAUGGUUUCAAAAAUCAAACGAAGAAGCAAAGGCCUAGAGGAAUGGUACAUUAAAUCAGAUUCCUUUUGUUAUGUUCAUUGAUAAAGCAUAAUUUUGUUUUGAAAAAGAUUCCUCAUCGUCCUG